UUUCCUGAUCUACGAUUACCCGGGGAUUCCAGCCAAAGUGAUCUCAGAGGACAACUUCGUAGUUGAGGUGAUGCUGUCCCACUCCAUCAAUGGUCACUAUGACAUCAUUUACCCAAGGACUUACCACGCCUCUGCCGCCCUCCGUCAGUCUCUCCUGUAUGAGCUGUUCUACACUCGGGUGUUUUUGUCAGAAGAGACGGAGCUCUGUCAGGCGAUGGAGGCCUGCAGAGUUGGAGGUCAGCGCUAUAGACACAGCACACCUGAGGAUCAAGCUCACAGGGAGGAUGUGGAGUCCGGGGGAGCUGCUGAAGAGACGCGAGGCGCUGUGACAGUGGGGGCCCAGGUGGGGGUGGGGGUGGGGGUGGGGAUGGUGGGGGAAUGCAUGAUCCAUGGUGUCACCUGCAGGUUUGUUCUGAAGCUCAAAGUGGGCGGGGCUCCUAGUCUCAGCUAA